GUUCGAACACUCAUGUUUUGGAUGUGCGCACGUUUUGUGAUGACUUGAGACACUCUGUGUUGCGACUUAUUCUUUUUUAAAGCUAAGUUUUGUUUCAUCAUAUAAAAAUGCAAUCCGCGAAACAGAACAAGGACACUGGCGUUGUACUGGGAUUUGUGGAGGAAGCGGACGCCUGGCAACUUCGUAGCUCUCAGUUUCCCAGUAAAGUGGGUGGUAGACCUGCUUGGUUGAGUCAGUCAGAUUUACCAGCUCUCUCUGAUUUGACAUGUCCCAAGUGUCAACUUCCCACAGCAUUUCUACUGCAGGUCUACGCUCCAAUCACUAGCCAUGAGUCCAGUUUCCACCGGACACUCUUUAUAUUCUGUUGUAAGACACCAACCUGCCAUUCUCGAAACGAUUGGCAGAGCUUUAAAGUGUUCAGAAGUCAGCUGUCAAGGAAAAAUGACUUUUACUCGUAUGACCCACCACUGGAUGAGAAGACUGACGAGGACAGCAUCGACACGCAGCUGAAAUCAGGAAUAAAACUUUGCCGAGUCUGUGGUUGUCCUGGACAAAAAGCUUGUUCACGCUGUCAUGCAGUAACAUACUGCAGCAAAGAACAUCAAGUGAUAGACUGGAAAGACAACCACAAAAAGGAAUGCGGUAAACCAUCAGCUACUACGUGUGCCUCUCCUUUCCUCUUUCCGGAGUUUGAACUGGUUACAGAACCAGAGGAAAUUGAGGAGAAAGAGGAGUGCAAAGAGGAGUGCAACGGCACAGGUGAUCUGGAGGAUGACCGGGAGAACAUCACUAAUAAUGAUUUGCAGGAAAAUGACCUGGAGGACAUGGCCCUUCAUGAAAGCCAGGACAGCAAAGUGGUUCAGAGGUUUAAAAAGAGGGUAUCUGCUGAGCCGCAUCAGGUUCUGCGAUAUGAACGAGGCGGUUCCCCCUUGUGGGUGUCCUGCGAGCAUAAACCAUCAGAAGAGAGCAUUCCCAGAUGUCCAUGUGGAGCCAAGAGAAUCUUUGAGUUUCAGGUCAUGCCACAGUUACUUAUCGAUCUGAAGGUGGAUAGCACAGAGGCUUCUAUUGACUGGGGGACGCUGGUGAUUUACACGUGUGCGGACAACUGUGACCAUGGCAACAAAUAUGUCCCAGAAUUCAUCUGGAAGCAGGACUUUUCAAUGGAUCAGCAGCCUGUUUAGUUCAUCGAGAAGCAGGACUUUUCAAUGAACCGUCAAUGAACCAACUGUGUAAAUGGUGGUUGUGUACCUCAGUUGUAAGACGUUGGAAUUAUGCAAUUGUGAUGAAAUAAUAGUUGGGGAAAAAAACAAUACAUAAAACUCUAUAAUUAUGUAUUGUUCACAUAUUGUUAUUCACAUAUACAAAAGGAUACCAUAUUGCACCAUAACACUCAAUUACAGACACACUUUUAGGUUAAUCACAAAUGACAUGACAUGAUUUAUUGUAAAUAAGUACUUUGAUAAAAUA